AUGGCUACUACCUCUGAACUUGCAACUGUUUAUGCUGCAAUCAUCCUCAGUGACGACGGGGUUGAGAUUACUGUAUCUUUAACAAAAGCAGCAGGUGUUGAAGUUGAGCCAGUUUGGGCAACUUUGUUCGCUAAAGCCCUUGAAGGAAAAAAUAUCACUGAUCUAUUAAUGAAUAUUGGUUCUCAAAAAGCAGAAGAAAAGAAACCCGCGGAGGAGGAGAAAGAAGAAUCUGAUGAUGAUAUGGGAUUCGGUCUCUUCGAUUAA